UUCAGUAAUGAUUUUACUUAUCUCAUAAAGCAAGAGUUUAGGGUGCAUGUUUUUUUUUUUUUUUUCAGUUUUGAAAGAUGAACUCAAUUGGUUUUGUGUCCUCAGCGAUCAUCUCCACUCACACCAACCUCAAACUCGCUUCCUUCUCCAAACCCAAAAUCAAAAUCAAAACCAUACCUUACUCUCUCAAUUCCUCAUUUCGUCUUUCUAAGCUAAGAGUUUCAGCUACCAAGGAUCAGAAUCAUUCAGAGUCACAGACAAGUAAUAAUGUUUCAGAUGAUGAAGUGACAGAGCAACAUCCAUUGGAUGAAAAUGGUGGCGUUGGAGGAGGAUUUGACCUUGGAUGGUUACCUUCUUUUCCUCACGUUCUCAUUGCUUCUUUGUCCAAUUUCACCUUUGGUUAUCAUAUUGGGAUUAUGAAUGGUCCCAUCAUUUCCAUUGCCCGGGAACUUGGUUUUGAAGGAAACUCAUUCAUUGAGGGACUUGUUGUAAGUAUAUUUAUUGCUGGCGCAUUUAUUGGGAGCUUAAGCACCGGUUCUUUGGUAGAUAAACUUGGUUGUCGGCUCACAUUUCAGAUCGAUACCAUACCUUUGAUCCUUGGGGCGAUAAUAAGUGCAAAUGCCCACUCCUUGGAUGAGAUACUUGGGGGAAGAUUUCUUGUUGGCCUUGGUAUAGGUGUAAAUGCUGUUCUUGUUCCAAUUUAUAUAUCUGAGGUUGCUCCAACAAAAUAUAGAGGUUCCCUAGGGUCCUUAUGUCAAAUUGGCACUUGCCUUGGUAUUAUUGCAUCAUUGUCUCUUGGAAUUCCUUCUGAGAACGAUCCGCAUUGGUGGAGAACAAUGUUGUACAUUGCAAGCGUCCCUGGUUUUGUUGUUGGUCUGGGUAUGCAAUUUGCUGUUGAUAGCCCGCGCUGGCUUUGCAAGGCUGGGAGAAUAAAUGAUGCUAAAAGGGUAGUAUGGGAGCUUUGGGGUGCAUCUGAAGUUGAGGGUGCAAUUGAAGAGUUUCAAUCUGUCAGCAAGAAUGAUGGCAGUGAUUUGGACAGCAGAUGGUCAGAGAUCUUGGAGCAGCCACAUUCUAGAGUUGCCUUCAUUGGAGGGGCUCUUUUUGUACUUCAGCAGUUCGCAGGCAUAAAUGCAGUUCUUUAUUUUUCAUCACUGACCUUUCAAGAUGUUGGAAUUCAAAGCAGUGCUUUAGCAAGCUUGUUUGUUGGGCUUACAAAUUUUGCAGGCGCACUUUGUGCUUUAUACUUAAUCGAUAGGGAAGGGAGGCAGAAGCUUAUUAUAGGAAGCUACUUAGGAAUGGCAAUUUCAAUGUUUCUUGUGGUCUAUGCCGUCAUCUUUCCAUUGGAUGAGCAACUCAGCAACAACUUAUCAAUAUUAGGAACUAUCAUGUAUAUAUUCUCUUUUGCAAUUGGAGCUGGCCCUGUAACUGGCAUCAUUAUACCAGAGCUUAGCAGCACCAGGACACGAGGGAAAAUCAUGGGGUUCAGUUUCUCUACCCAUUGGGUUUGCAACUUUGUGGUGGGAUUAUUCUUCCUUGAAUUGGUAGAGAAAUUUGGAGUUGCACCAGUAUAUGCUAGCUUUGGAGCAGUUUCCCUGUUAGCCGCAGCAUUUGCCCAUUACUUCCUGGUAGAAACCAAGGGGUGCUCUCUAGAAGAAAUUGAACGGUCCUUAAACUCGAAAGCUUGAGCCCGUGAUAAAUAUUACGACGUACCAAUUCAUGCAUUGCAUAUAGAACUGAUUUGUUUUGUGGUUAAGCAUCAAUAAGGUCAUAACCAAUCAAAAGAACAGGAUGUAGAAGACUACAUUCAAGCUGGGAUCAUCAGUAGUAAUGCAAUAAGCUAAAAAAGCAGCAUGUGUCUGCAUCUCAGCAAACAUGGUUGUGUCUUAUAUUUAAUGUAUGAGAUUUUGAUUCUUUAAUAGUUUACAUACCUUAAGUAAGUUAUAUGUAGUAUUGUUGUUUUUUUGUGUAAAAACUACUAUUGUUGGUUUAUGUUAGAAACGGUGUAUCUUGAUUAUUGAACUUGUAUAAGCGUGCCAUAAGUUGUUUAAAAUGGUUGUUCAAAUAUCACUACUCCUUUUGUAAUAGAGCUACUUUUUUGUGUAUAGUAAACUAUCUUUAAAUCUUGAUUCUUGAA